UCCAGGCUGGGUCCAUCUGAAAGCUUCUUUAGACUUACCUUAGACUUAGUACAAAGGCUAAUGUAUAUAUUUUAAUUCUAAUUUCUUCUGGACUGCAGCAGUGUAUAAUGCCAGAGCUUAAGUCUUGGUGUUGGUUUAGUUUCCAUGUAUUUUUACUUAAGGAAUUUUUUGUUUACAAACAAACAACCAACAAAAAUCCCAAGACUUCUGUUUUUCAGAAGGUGGGAAUAAAAUACUGUGUAUGCUUGAGCUGAAGACCUAGCAAACCUAGAAUAUGGCCUACAGUUACCUGAAGUGCGCAGAACAACCAAGAAAGGUGCUAUGAAAAGGAAUUAGUGUUUUGACUUUUUUCAUAAAACUGAUAUAUUAAGCAAAUUAAGAAUCAGAGAGAAGGGACUGCUCCUUUUGUGCUUUGGGGCAGUCAGCUGUUAUGAUUUCUCUAGAGAAGCAUGUGUGCUUCUUGGGAACAAAUAUCGUGUAGGAAGGAUUUCAGAAAACAUGUAGCAUGUUUCUCUCUUAAUUCCAUUUUGCUUCCCCCCAACAUCAGAUUUAGGUCCUUACCUGUGACAGUGAUUUUGUUACAUUUCUUGCUAAUGCCUUUUGUCAUGAUGAGAAAUGGUCAUAAACCUGGUUCGUUUUGUGUUAUUUGUAGUGUAUAUGUACUACAGUAUUGUAUCAUAUUAAUAGUAUGCAUUUUUUUCCCAUGAAUUCAUAGUUACUUGAUGUUUCUAGAAAGUAGUAUAAGACUUGAAUAGCAAUUGUAACAUCAUUAUUUUCUCUCUAUUCACUUGAGUUUUGUUUGUUAUUACUUCAAUAACAAACAAAUAACUGAUUUCCUUGUUUUGUUUUUCUAAAAUGAGAACCUGAAUUACUUGCUGUUUCCCUCCAUUUAUUGUUAUUGCACGAUUAGCAUAUGCGUACCAAACCAAGGUUAAUGUUUUAUUCUUCACAGAUUAUUUGGUUUGUGUUUAUUGAGCUUUGUCUGUUGUAAUACUUUUUGUAUUGUAUUGUAUUGUAUUACAACAAUCAGUGGUUGUAUUUCAAGAUCCUGCAAUUUUUGCUAACUUGUAUAACUAUUGCAAGUGUCCUGGUAUUCAUAUGUCUUAUAUUUUUUACAUUACAUUUUUACAUUAACCUAAUGUUUAAAUUUAGGCCCAAGAGCUUAGUGAACCUAUAUUAUGUUUCCAGUCUAGCUCUCUUAAUUUGGAAAUGAAAUUUCCUGGAACUCAUAGAAAUAGGGUUUUCACAAGUACAAAGCGAAAAUGAGAUCCUCAUUCACGUGGUUAAAUGUAACAUGUUGUUCUACAAAUUUAAAUGGAAAUUGCCAUAAUUGGAGGCUGGCAUUCAUUUCUGUCCUCCAGUUAGUCUGGAGUUAUCCACAAUGAAGGAAGUCAGCAGCCUUGGUUGUCAGUUUUUUAUUUUUUAACUUUGGCACUUUAAAAAGCUUGACCAACUUUGUUAGGCACUGUACUUGGAAGAAUAGAGAGGCCAAGCUCAAGGGAAAUUCAGUGUUUGGCCAUAAGAUACAGGAUUUUGACUGUCAUGCACAGGCUUGCUGUCACUUUAUGUCAAUCAGUUAGAUAUCACAGGAAUGCAGAGGGUGGGUUUUCUUUCUACAAGGGAAGCCAUUGAGGCAAUAUGCGUUACAGGUAUUUUGUGUUCUGCAUUAUCUGGUCUUACAAAUUAAAAACUGCUAGUAUCCUGAACAGCAACAUAUGUUUUUGUUAUGUAGCCACUACUCUUUCCCACAACUCGAGUUUCCAAUCUCAGUAUAUUCUCCUAUAGCAUAAUGUGGGAAAUUGGGCAAGAAGGACAGUUUAUGUAAGUAAACUAAUUCAGCUGAUGAAUUAAUCUUUAGAAAAGUCACUGAAAGCUACAUCUGAAUCGUGACUAACUUAAAAUAGUUGGUGCUGGUAGUGCAGCCUAGAGCAGGACAUGAUUAGAAUGGAAAGGAAACAGAUCCUGUAACAAACAUUUCAAAGGCAGUUCUCUGCCAAGCAUUCCCGUGUAAACAUUUAUGAGGAUCUGUUUUCUAUGAACAUAUGCAUCUUUCUGUGAGAUGAGUUUUAGAAUGCACAAUGCAUUGUUGCAUGUUUUGGUCCUGCAGCAACAAAUACCAAGAUGUUAUACUGGAAUACAUAUUUAAAGUUUCUUUUGACUGUACUUAAUGAGGAAAGCUUCUCCUUUCUGUUCGUCCAGCUAGCUAGAUGAUGAAGGCUUAAAUUGAUGACUGAUUGUAGAGUAUUUUGUCAGCCUUCUCUGCAGUCAGGAAAUGAAAAGACAUGUUCAUCUUAAGAAAUUGAAAAGAACUAGGGAUGGUGGGUCAAUUGCAGCCUGGCAGAAGGACACUUUUGCUUCAGUGAUUCUUCUGAGAGAGUUCCCUUAAUUUAUGUUAGGGUUGAAUGUGGCUCAGUAUGCAGCAAAUGCAGUACACAUUUUGACUAACUUCCUCUCCUAGUUCCUGUUGAGCAGUACCUUAUAGCACAGUUAAAUUCCUAUUCAGUUAAAUGAACCUAUUUACAAAGGGGAAAAGCUGCUGCUUGUAUGGUAAUGUGUUGGUAUUUCUUUGUGCUGCUUGGCCCAUACUUGAAUUAUUCAAAGAAUUAAUAAAAUGCCCAUUCUCACCAAUCUUGUAUUUUGAACCUGGAGAAAAGUGGUUGCAGAAGGUCCAUCUCUGCCAUUAUAAAAUAUUUAAUUGGAAUAAAGAUCUACCCUCCAGUGUCCUAGUCACUCUGCCAUAUUGCACUUCUCUGUCAUGUUGUCUGCAUAUAAAGAAAACAGAUUAUCCAAAUCAGAAUAACAUCCUGCUUGCAGAACAUAUAGCUUUUGCAGUUGAAGAAGGACUGCAGGCCAUUUUUAAAAAUAAUAACCAAGUGAUGCAGAAGUUAGACUUAAUUUUUAGAAGUGAUUUACUCAACUAGGAGCUGAAGCAUUGUGAUACCUCCAGGAGAUCUCAGAGACUUACAAAACUGGUAUCAGGUUUCUGGAUUUUUGUCUAGAAGGUACGUUAGUUUCCAUAUAGAGCCUCUGCUCUCUAUAUGGAAAUACUGUCUUAGCAGGCACUGUCAUCCAUUAGUUAGUUUGAGAGUAUCAUUGUUGUGGUUUGGAAUGGGAGGAAAAUCUGGGGAAGUGAUGCAAAGCUUUUUGUGUAACUGACAGUCGGUUGAACCCCUGCCCAGCUGGACGCGCCUCAGUGGAACACACACGUUAACCCGGGAACUCUCUCUUUCCUUCCGGUCGGUGAGGAGGUGGCGGGCCCCGGCCCCACGUCUCAGCCAGGCCGGUCCGGGCGGUCCUGCUGCGGGCCGGGCCCCUUCCCCACUCCUCGGGCCGUCCGCCGGCCCCCAUCGGCUCCGGCCGGGCCGGGCCCGAGGAGCUGCCGGGCGGGAAGGCGGGGGACCGGAGCAGCGCUGGCCGGAGCAGCGCUGGCCGCUGCUGUUAAGAUCUUGCCGCCAGGUCCCCCCAGAGCGGCUGAGACCAGAGACCUCUGCAGCCCGUGCGGAGUGGCCCUCCGGCUGGAAUUGAACACAAAGAAAACAAAAAACCAGCCACGAGGCUGAUCCUGGCACGGCCCAGCCGAAGCUCCCGGCCACAAGUUACCGAAGGGUCAGCUUUCUUUGGAAAGUACCUUAAUGAAUACAAUGGUUCCUAUGUACCUCCUGGUUGGAAAGAAUGGGUUGGAUUACUUAAAAAUUCUCGAUUUUACAACUAUACACUCUGUAGAAAUGGAGUGAAGGAGAAGCAUGGAUAUGACUACUCCAGGGAUUAUCUGACUGAUCUGAUUACAAAUGACAGUAUUACCUUCUUUAGAAUAUCAAAGAAGAUGUAUCCUCACAGGCCUGUACUGAUGGUAAUAAGCCAUGCUGCUCCUCAUGGUCCUGAAGAUUCAGCCCCUCAGUACUCACAACUCUUUCCUAAUGCCUCAGAACACAUUACUCCCAGUUAUAAUUAUGCUCCAAACCCAGACAAGCACUGGAUAAUGAGGUACACCGGUCCCAUGAAGCCUAUACACAUGGAGUUCACUAACAUGCUACAGAGAAAGCGCCUUCAAACACUUAUGUCUGUGGAUGACUCUAUGGAGAUGAUUUACAAUAUGUUGGCUGAAACAGGAGAACUGGAAAAUACGUAUCUAAUAUACACAGCAGACCAUGGUUAUCAUAUUGGGCAGUUUGGGCUGGUGAAGGGGAAGUCCAUGCCAUAUGAGUUUGAUAUCAGAGUCCCUUUCUAUGUCCGAGGACCAAAUGUGGAGGCUGGGUCCUUGAAUCCUCACAUUGUGUUAAAUAUUGAUCUCGCACCUACAAUUCUAGAUAUUGCUGGAUUGGAUAUUCCAUCUGAUAUGGAUGGUAAAUCCAUUCUAAAGCUGAUGGAUUCUGAGAGACCGGUAAAUAGGUUUCAUUUAAAGAAAAAGAUGAAGGUAUGGAGAGACUCAUUCCUCGUGGAAAGAGGUAAAUUGCUGCAUAAAAGGGAGAACGAGAAGGUAGAUGCCCAAGAAGAAAACUUUCUACCCAAAUACCAGCGUGUGAAAGACCUCUGUCAGCGAGCUGAGUAUCAAACAGCUUGUGAACAGCUUGGCCAGAAAUGGCAGUGUGUGGAAGAUGCUAGUGGAAAACUCAAGCUGCACAAGUGCAAGGGAAUGGCAGACUUGGCAGCCGCAAGCAACGGCAAAGGCACCGCCAAUGUUUUGCCCAAGUAUUACAACAGGAAUAGCGAAGACUGCAAUUGCGAAGAUAAUGAAUAUAAACUGAGCCACAUCAGACAAAGAAAGAAACUUUUCUCCAAGAAAAAAUUCAAACCAAGCUAUGCCCGGAAUCGCUCUAUCCGGUCUGUAUCUGUUGAGCUGGAUGGAGCUGCCUAUCACCUGGCUUUAGAGGAUGGAUACCAGCCCAUCUUACCAAGGAACAUCACCAAGCGGCACAAGGUGCAGAGAGCUGUUUUCCACGAGGAGGAAGAUAGAGACAUGGGGGAAUAUAGUGGCACUGGUAGCAUUUCAGAGUACACAGCCCCUAAUCUGAUCAAAGUGACUCACAGGUGCUAUAUCCUGGAGAAUGAUACUGUUCAGUGUGACACAGAUCUGUACAGGUCACUGCAAGCUUGGAAGGACCAUAAACUUCAUAUUGACCAUGAGAUUGAAACUUUGCAAAAUAAAAUAAAAAACCUGAGGGAGGUGAGAGGUCAUCUAAAGAAGAAGCGACCUGAAGCGUGUGAUUGUAACAAGCUAAGCUACCAUUCAAAACACAAGAGCAAACUGAGACACAAAGGAUCCAGUCUUCAUCCUUUCAAGAAAACCCUACAGGAGAAAGACAGGCUGUGGCUGCUGCGAGAGCAGAGACGGAAGAAGAAACUGCGAAAAUUGCUUAAGAGAAUUAAAAAUAAUGACACGUGCAGCAUGCCUGGUCUGACCUGCUUCACCCACGACAACCAGCACUGGCAAACUGCUCCCCUGUGGACACUGGGCCCUUUCUGUGCCUGUACCAGUGCCAACAACAACACGUACUGGUGUUUGAGGACAAUCAACGAGACCCACAACUUCCUGUUCUGUGAAUUUGCUACUGGAUUUUUGGAGUAUUUUGAUCUCAAUACUGAUCCAUAUCAGCUAAUUAAUGCAGUGAAUACACUUGACAGAGAUGUUCUUAAUCAACUGCAUGUCCAGCUCAUGGAACUCAGAAGUUGCAGAGGGUAUAAGCAAUGCAAUCCAAGAACCAGGAACAUGGAUCUUGGACUUAAAGAUGGAAGCUACGAGCAGUACAGGCAAUUUCAGCGCCGAAAAUGGCCAGAUGUGAAGAGACCAUCAUCUGCCAAGUCACUAGGACAACUGUGGGAAGGCUGGGAAGGUUAAUCUCCCCCAGCUGCUGCACCUCCAUGAGAAUACAAAUGAGGCAGGACUUGAAUCCAUGUACCGACUGAAUGAAUUAUAACAUUCACCUGAAGGACUGGCUAAGCUUUGAGGCUGAAAUAGAUAGACUGUUUGCACUGGUGAGUGAGAUGAAUAGAAGCAGUGAAAUUAUGGGAAAUGCUGUCAGAAAUACAGAUCUCUGAAAUCCACUGUUGUACCUGCUUUUUUGCUUUGUAUUAUACCUCACCUACUUCACAAGGCAUUUCACUUCAAGAAGACACAACUAAUUCAGGAAUCAACUGAUUCAGGAAUUAACAGAGAAGGAAACUUAGCCACAUCCCAAAGAGGACUGCCCCUGCAGUGGCAGUGUUUACACAGACAGCUGACAGGACCUUAAAACAAUUUCCCAUUCACCUGUAUCUUUAGUUGUCGUGAGAAAAACUUCAAUACCAAGUACAACCCUAAAGCAAGAUUUAGAAGACAAAGGUGCUUUUGCUUAUCACUGGACUAAAGGUAAUGGUUCAAGAGAACUUUGAAAAUAUUCAGGAACUGAAGUCAGCAGCACCAAGUGUUCUCAACACCAGUUUCCUCUGAGGAUACAUUUUAGUUCCAUGUCUUCUUGUUCAUUGUAUUGUCACAUCUGUGAAGAUUAGAGAAAAUUUUGACUCACAGGAUGCCAGAUUUUUGGAGGGAUUGUGUAAAUAUUGAUCAGUGUACUCUUUGAAAAUAAAUUCCUUCAGGUUGUAAAGAAAUUUGUUAAUAAAAAGGAGUGUAACGCCCACACGCCAUUUCUCAAAA